AUGGAAAUCCAUGAUCGCCAAAUUAUUGAAAAUAGGACUCUAGCAAUAGCUGCAGCUUCGUGUGGCGCUGUGGCCCUCGCGAUAGCAGCGACCUGGGUGAUCUACUGCGCUUCGAGGCGACUGCAUGGACGCCCACCUGUCAACGCAGCCACCUGCUCUGUCCAGGACGAAAGUCCACGCCCCGUCCACGCUCACGUCCAGCAUGAUGUCAACGCCAACGCAUUAUCUGACAACACUUACGUAAACGUUGCCACGCCUGCUCAGGGACAUGGUACUGCACACGCCACUUGGGGUGCUUCAGGUCAAAUGGGUAUGAACAGCGCACUGUGCGUAGACGAACACCACAGUUCCCCCGAAGAACAUAUCUACGAGAGUGCAAGUGCUAUAGAGGAACAAAUGUACACGGACUGUGCAAAAUACCAACAAAAGUGCUCUCCCGAUGAACACAUCUACGAGAGUACAAGUGAUCUAGCCGAACCGAUGUACACAGAUUUUACAAACUGCCAAGAAAGUUUUCCUGAAGAAUCCAUCUACGAGAAUGCAAGUGAUAUAAAGGAACAGAUGUACACGGACUGUGCAAACUACCAACAAAAGUGUUCUCCCAAUGAACACAUCUACGAGAGUGCAACUCACAUUGAAGAAUCAUCCGACAGCCGGUCGGAGAGAAGCAGCAUUUACGAGUGCGAAAGGGACCCCGACGAACAGCAGUCAUUCCGAAACAGCAUUUAUGCGGAUUUCACAUGAGGUCUUCCACAGCUGCUCUCACGGCGCCGGAUGCAUUUGCUAUAAUGAAUUUUGUUUUCUAUAUGAGGUCAUGACAAGCAUAUUGUAAUGAAGUUUAUUGUAAUGUAUUUCUAUAUCGCUGCGAUAGAAGACUGUCAGUAGUGAAGCCUUAAGCACUUGGAAUAUUCUUGUAUAAUCUGAGAGUUGAUUAUUGAUGCUCCAUAUUCAACCUAUAUUACGGUUUGUCAAUUCG